AUGGUAUCCCUUGCGACUGUUCGAGCAUCAAACCAAAGCCUCAAAGCUGCAAUCCCCGGCCUCACAGCAUUGUUCGUUGGAGGCACAACGGGCAUUGGGCAGAGCACUCUACGUCAACUGGCAAUCCAUGCGGAUAAGCCAAAGGUAUACAUCAUCGGGCGAAACGAGUCAAAGGCUUCACCGUUCCUCGAAGAUCUCAGAAAACUCAACCCUCAGGGGAGUUUCAACUUCAUCGAGCAAGACGUUUCGCUCAUGCAGAAUGUGGAUUCCGCCUGCGAAGCGAUCAAAAGCAAAGAAGGCAAACUAAACCUGCUCUUUAUGACGCCUGGAGGGAUCUCACUCUCUGGGAGACAAGAAACUAGCGAAGGUAUAGACCAUCUCUUCGCUCUCCGAUAUUAUUCUCGCAUGCGAUUUAUCCAGAACCUUCUCCCUUUGCUCGACUCUGCCACUCCAGCACGAGUUAUCAGCAUAUUCGGAGGCGGUUUCGAAUUUGGUAUCAAUCCAGAUGACCUAGAACUUAAACAUAACUACUCGAUCAUCAACUGUGCAAAGCAUGCCAUCACUAUGACAUCUCUGGCCAUGGAACAUCUUGCUUCCUCACACCCUUCCGUGAGUUUCAUGCACAUCUAUCCUGGCUUGGUACGGUCGAAUAUCUACACCAACAGUUUCCCGCCCCCCAUGGCAGCAUUCUACAACUAUGUUGCGUGGCCGAUGAUGUGGCCAUUCUCAGUCAACGUGCAAGAGUGUGGGGAACGCCAUCUUUUCCAUCUGACAUCGGGUAUGUAUAGCCCUAAGGAUGGCCCUGCGGCGGCCGAUGGUGUUCCAGCACCAGGAGGGUCGAAGGGGGCAAUUGGCUCGACAGGGCAGAUCGGGGGUGGCGCAUACCUCCUGAACUGGAAGGGAGAGGGUAAACAAGCACCCAAGAUCAUGCAGAAAUACAGGGAAGAGGGGCUGCCAGCCACUGUAUGGAACCAUACGGUAGAUCUGGUUUCGCGGGCCGCCGGAAAAACAUGA